UUCAGCACAGUGUUCAUCAGGUGAUGUGCUAGACAUGUCCAUUAAGCUAUAUAUAUGUAUGUAUAUAAGAUGAAAACGUUAUGAGUUGACACCAUCUUAAGCUAUAUGUAAUCGACUGCAACAACAUGUUAUAUGAAAAACAUUGUUUCAGUACGAUUGAGUGAUGGAUGAUUGCUUGGUUGCGUUUUGAAGUUUGUUUUCCCCUUGAUGAUCUUCCACCUAUCUAGCUUAUGUACUUGUGUGAUGUGCUGUUUCUUUUCUCAAUAACUUUUGAGGAAAUUCACCGGGUCAGUGCCACACACUGAAGUUUAAUAAAAGAGGCAGAGAGCUGACCAGUCAACGGAGAUACAUGACGACGAGCUUCCGCCUUCCGGCGCCCUUCCACUCUCUGACUCCUUCCCACCAUCCUCUCGCUAUCCAUCGCUCUGCUCCUCUUAUCUGUGGCCCCGGUGAGACAUUGGGUGGCCCAACGGUCCAACGAGAAUUUCUCAAGAGUUUUCAAAGCUAUCUCGGCCACUCGGUUUUCUCAGAGUUAAGACGAUGCGGUUGGGACUUUGGUAUCGGUCAGUUCAGUCAGACAUCUGGCACUGCUUAUUUCCCACUGGCGAAUGCUUUUGCUUGCUGAGCAUGAUCGAUUGGCUCAUGAUCUAGCUACAAGACGAGAAGCAACUCCAGUCUUGCAGAGACUCCGUUCCCCCUUCAUCUCCUUUCCAUCUCCAGCAAGGGGGGGAGAAGAGGAGGAAGGAGAAGCUAGCAGCCGAAGCUUAUCGCUCGCGUAUUUGGAAAUGGACGCGUAUUUGGAAAUGAACGGAUACGAGUUCGAGAGGGCGGAGAUAGAUGCACUGGAGCACGUCAUAGGCGAUCCAACUGCAAAGGCGAUGAGUCUGACGUUUUCCCUUCUCAGGCGCAUAACAAAUGAUUUCUCCGAUGCUUAUCGAAUUGGCUGCGGUGCCUUUUCAGUAGUUCACAAGGGGGUUCUUCCAAGCGGGUCAUGUAUUGCUGUCAAGAAGCUUCACUCGGUUAUUGGAUUGGCUGAAGAUGAAUUUGAAAAUGAAGUUCUUACCACAAUGAGGGUUGCUCACAAGAACGUAGUGCGACUCAUAGGCUACUGUAGUUACACGCAAUCUGAAGUGCUUGAAUAUGACGGAAAAUAUAUUUUCGCAGAGGCCAGACAAAGGUUGAUCUGUAUGGAGUAUGUGCCUGAUGGAACCCUUGACAAAUAUAUCACUGAUGAGUUUCAUGGAGGACUUGACUGGAACCAUCGUUAUAAAGUUCUCAAAGGAACCAUAUGGCUUCUUCGGAUCCAUCUUUUUGGGUGAGGCAUUGCAAAUGCUUCGAUAGCACGACAAUGUCAUCAACUAAGACCAUUUAUUUUUCAUGAUUUGUACUAUUGAUCAGUGACGCCACGAAAUCCUGUCGAACCACAUCUAGCUGAUCCCUCUGGGUUUCAGGAACUUCUGACCUCUUUUUUAAGUUGUUAGAGCCGAUUUUCCUCUUUUUAUUGUUCGUGUCCUUGGAAUCAUUUGUAGACUCUAAUGGAGUCUUGUUUUUCCUUUUUUUUCUUCUCAGUAUCAUACGAAGCAUACUCGUCAUUCUUAAAUAAUUGCAAUACCACAUUUUUCUUUU